CUCUUUCAUCCAGUGUCUUGUGACUUAGUUCUCGUGGAUUACCAUUCCGAUACGUAAAAUGGCCUCCGUGAAAAUUUUCGCUGUAUUGUUAGCCUUCGUCCUGGUUUUGGCAGCAGCUGCACCUACUCCGGGAUAUUUGGGAGGUGGACACGAUCAUUUUGUCAUCCAUGCGCCCUACCACGUCCACACAGUCCACCAUCACCACAUCAAGAAGGUGCACGUGCCAGUUCCGGUAGUCAAGAAGGUUAUUAUUCACGAAGAUGUCCAUCAUCUUGGUCACGGGGGUUGGUGGUAAAUCCAACACGAAUAGAACUCCAUGUACCUGUUAAAUAGUCACUAUUAUUAGUUGCCUACCUGUGUCAACAAUAGAGGCAGGCAAAUUAAGGAAAGUGCAAAACGGCCUUCGCUGUUUUGUAGUUCCACCACCAUGACAUCUUACCAAUGUUCAAGAUAGGAAUACCAGUCAAAUUCUUGGUCUGUUUGUCUGUAACUAGUUAUCCAAUACUUUGACUUUGUAUUUAAAAUUGUUAUUUUUAUU